GCACCAACAAGAAUGCUCGCCCAUUAGGUACUACAAUUUUUUUAAUUUUCACUAACAUGUAUGUUUGUAAUGAUUUUCUUCCAUAUUUGUCAUGAUUCUGUUGCUGUUUGUAUUCUUUGUAUGUUUUCUGUUGCUGUUUGUAUUCUUAGUAUGUUUUCUGUUGCUGUUUGUAUUCUUAGUAUGUUUUUCUGUUGCUGUUUGUAUUCUUAGUAUGUUUUUCUGUUACAGUUUGUUUGUAUGUUUUCUGUUGCUGUUUGUAUUUUUAGUAUGUUUUUCUGUUACAGUUUGUAUUCUUUGUAUGUUUUAUGUUGCUGUUUGUAUUCUUAGUAUGUUUUUCUGUUAAAGUUUGUAUUCUUAGUAUGUUUUUCUUUGACAGUUUGUAUUCUUAGUAUGUUUUUGCAAUAUGUCAGUUUUGUUAAACCUCAUUACUAAUUUUAAACAAAAUUUUCAUUUCAGCUUUAUUUGUGGGCUUCAAUAACUAUAGAGAAACAUGUGUUUUUGGUGCUGCCCUACUCUAUGAUGAGACAUCAGCCACAUUUGAUUGGCUCUUCAAACAAUUUCUCAUUUGCAUGAACGGGAAGGAACCGGGAGCUGUUUUUACCGAUCAAGCGGCAUCAAUUGCUGCUGGUAUUAGGACAGCAUUGCCGCACACUUAUCAUGGGUUGUGCACAUUCCAUAUAACAAUGAAUGCAAAGAGUAAUGGGUUGUGGUGGUCACCAUUUUUGGAAGAGCUUUCCUUCUUGAUGUAUGAUUUGGAGACGGAGGAUGAAUUCGACUAUUAUUGGAAGAAAAUGCUUGAGAAUUGCUUCAAUGAAGAAGAAGAAGAAGAAGGGAAGAAAUUAACAAGUAAGAUUGAGGCAUGGCUGCAAAACCUCCACAAAGUGAGAAGUAAAUGGUCAUCGGCAUGGCUGAAAGAUCAUUUUGCAUGUGGAAUGAGAAGCUCACAACUCAGCGAGAGUUGCAACAACCAUUUGCGUAAGUAUCUCCAGUCGAAACUUACUUUGUGGGAGUUUUUUAUACAAUUCAACAACCUUCUUGAAGCCAAAAGACAUAAGGAGUUGAGAAGUGACUAUGAAGCAUUGAACACUAUUCCAUACUUGGUUUUCACAAACAGUGAGGUUCUUCAACAGUUUGUUACCAAAUAUACACAAAAUAUAUUUGGGAACAUGCAAGAUGAAUACUCCAAGUCAAUCAAAUACCAUAUACGACCAAACAACUCCAAGGAUAUAGAUGGAAUGUUUGCAUAUGAGCUUCACAAACUAGAUCAGCAAAGAAAUCCUAUUGAUAAGAGGAUUGUUAUGGUUGACUUUGUGGAGCGUAAGCUGAUUUGCUCAUGCAAGAUGUUCGAGAAGUGUGGAUGGCUUUGUCGCCAUGUGUUGCGCGCAAUAGAUCACCUCGGCUAUGGAGGACACCCAGAAAUCUUGAAUAUUCACACACGCUACAUAUUAAAGAGAUGGACAUAUGAUGCAAAAUCUGGAGAUUUCACACUACCGGCAGUACAAGAUACAGCAGAGAGGGUGUACUGUUCAAGGGUGAAACAACUUACUGGAUCCAUGAAUUUGCUUGCAACACGCACUUGUAUGGAUGAUGACAUAUACAAGAUGCUUGAGGAAGGAAUGCAAGCAUUGAAGAUUCGUGCUGAAUCCAUGAUGCCUGCCAUGAAGUUUGGCCAGCCUAGCACAAGCACAGGUAUGAAACACUACCUUUAAUUUGGUGCAGGUUUGAGGUUUGUAAUGAUAUCACUUACUGUUUGUAUCCUUCGUAUGUUUUUUCAUAACAGUUAGUAUUCUUUUAGUUGAUAUUCAUAUCAAUGACUGUUAGUAAUGAUAUUAGAUAAAAUUUGUAUUGUUAAUAUAUUUUUUCUGGUCUGUUUCUUUGUAGGAUAAGUUUGGCUACAAAAACUUACUAUUGUUGUUAAAUCCUUUGUUUUUUUCCCUAUUCUAGAAGCAGAAUUGAAUCCAGCAAGUUCAGAGAGUGAACCGCAUUGGGCGAAAGCAUUAAAAGUCAGGACUGAUCCAUUUAAAUCAAGGAAAAGGAGAAAGAAUCGAAUUGAAAUCAUUCGAGAAAGGAGAAGACAAACAAAGUUACAAGAAAGGGCAGCGGAAGGAAAGUAAAUACAUGAUACCUGCCAUGAAAGUAAAUACAAGCAGCAGGUUUGUAAUGAUAUCACUUACUGUUUGUACCCUUAGUAUGUUUUUUCAUAACAGUUAGUAUUCUUUUAGUUGAUAUUCAUAUAAAUGACUAUUAGUAAUGAUAUUAGUUAAAAUUUGUAUUGUUUGUAUAUUUUUCUGUUAUAUACAAAAACUGACUACUGCUGUUUAAUCCUAUUGUAGAAGUGGAAACAAAGUUACAAGGACAAGGAGGAAGAUUCGUACUGAAAUCAUUCAAGAAAGGAGAAGACAAACAAUGUUACAAGAAAGGGCGGAUGACAGAAUAUAAAUACAUAGACAGAACUACUUGCCAUAUCAUAUAUUACUUGAUAGAUACAUAGAUAAAUUUGAGUGAUUGCA